AUGGCACCCCCGCGCCAGCGCACCGCCGCAAUCGUGGACGAUUCGAGGUCCGAAGCCUCCAGUGGCACACGAGAGUUCAAGAGCGCUGUGCCGAAGCGCAGGACCGCUGCUACGGCCAAGGAUAAAGCUUCAAUAACCAGCAUGCCGGCUAUCCAUGACCAUCAAGCGGACGAACAGCCCAGAGUGCCAUGGACUGACCUCCCUCUCGACAUCCUUCACGCUUACCGCCACGUCCACAAACUCCCCACACCGAGCGCCUUCUCCAACGACUACUCCCGCGUCGUCCUCUCUCAAGGCGUCGGCCUCCGCUCCCCCACAGCCCUCGCAGCCCGCCGCGCCCAAUCCUCCCGCAAAGAACAAAGCGAAAGGCACACAGCCUCGGGCUCGCAGACCGAAUCGUCCGUCGAAGACGCAAGCCUGCGCCGGAUUAUCGGCCAGGACCGCGUGAGCAAGGACCAGUUUGCGCUAGUCGUGCGCAAGCACUUCAACAGCGCUGGACUUUCUGAGCAGGAGACUAUCGCUCGGUUUCUGUAUACCGUGCGUGAGGAGCGGAGGGGGCGCAAGUUCCGGCUGAGGUUUCAGCCGUGA